CCAUACAUAAUAACGCUGUCUUAUCUAAAUACACGUUAUCACGUGUAUUUUGCACAUAUGGUGUUAUAUCGAUCUGAUUUUGUAUAACCGACAAUAAGAUCACGUUAAUUGGAGGAUUACGUGUCAAGACAUAUCUCAUUAGAUGUGUGCAGCCCAUUUCCUUGAAAUAAAACAGUAUAAUACGGAUGUUUACUAAUUGGCGAAUCGCAUGAUGAAUGGAAAGGGCAUAAACAAAAUAAUUCGCUGAGACGUGCGGUAAACUUUGCAACAGCGUUAAACGGAAUGAAAACUUAUAAACGUACAAAAUUUAUCAAAACUUUCAUUUCACGAUGAUACGACAGCGCACCGGGUCUUUAUGUUAUAUUUUUAAUUUAUGUUAUAUUAGUCUGGCUGACGAAGACCCCAGAUAAGAACAGAAACGUUUCAUUGAUUGAAACAAAACGGUCGAAUAUUUUAAAACAUUUAAAACAUAUUUAAAAACAUUUAAAAUUGUUCUCGUACUAUUUUAUCCCGCUUAUAUUAUUGUAUUUGUUACAACGGUAAUAAGUUGCGUUGGUAUUUUUUUCUACAAAAACUUUUUUUAUAUAAAACAUCAGAAAUACAUUUUUUCUUUUACAAUGGAAAACAUAAAUUUAUUGAAGUACGGUUGUUUUUGUGGAAAAAUGAUGUCUUUUAUUUUUUAACAAUACUAUUUUCCAAGGGCAUACAAACUUGGUAAAGAAAUGUAUAUAUAUAUAUACAUAUAUAUAUAUAUAUAUACAUUUACAUAUAUUAUCUAUGACAUGUAAGAAUAACUGAUAUUAAAUGUAUAUAUAUGUAACGCCUAUAAUCAAAUUAUAAGAUACUUUUAUUUUACUCAUAAAUUGCUUAAAAAAAAAAAAAUUUAUUACAUUUAAAGUAUAUUUUUUUACAUCUGUGUGUGUAACAAUACAUGUUGUAUUACAACGUAUUUUAUUAUUAUUUCUUUCCAAAGCUAUUUUUUACAGAUAAACAUUGUUGUUCAUAUUGCAGAGUAUAUUUACUGUGAUAGAAUAAUCUUUGAAAAUAUAUAUCUAUGAUAUUAUGUAUAUUUACUAUUAAUACACUUAAUGAGUACAGGUAGAAUUAAAACGUGCAGGGGUAUAAAAUUUAAGAGAGAAAUGUUAAUAACUGAUAUUAUCUCUUUAAGUACAAUAUAUGUAUAUCGUAUAACCAUGUAAAUUUCUUAUAACUUUUGCGGAGACAAGAUAGACCUUUUGCGAGACACGUCCUGUCUGCAAAAGUUAUUAGAUAACAAAUCUCUUUCUCGAGUUUUGAAUGGCGUUCUUUUUUUUUUCAAAUAUUUAUCGGACCGGUUGACUUUUUUAUUACUUCGUCGAUUGUUCAUUCGCGCGCAUCAUGCUUAUUUUACGGAGAACAAAAUGCUUCUUGUUUCAUAAAAUCUUCAUUUGCGCGUAACGCGAGUGACGAAUCGUUGAAGUUAAAAACUGUGUAACACAUAGAAGAGACAUAAUCUCGUUUUUAAAAUUGAUAGUAUAGAUACGCUCCAUCGUAUAUAUUUCUCUCUGCGUUUUUUUUAUUAUACUAUAAAAAAUUGCAUUCCGAUAUAUUCGCUGCUUUGUAAUCGAAAAUCUAUUGUUAUACGUGACGCCAACUAUAGAUUUGCAAUGAAUAUGCGGAAUGCGUUCUGUGUCUAUGUGUGUGUGUGUGUGUAGAGUCGAACUGGCGUAUAGAUAUGUAUCUCUCUGAGGAUAUGAUAUAAUAUAACUUAGAAAUCUGUGUUCUUGUGUUUUACCUACGCGUGAGUACAAAUAAAACGACAAAGUAUUAGUAGCGUAAAUAAUUACCGCAUAUAUAUAUAUAUUAAUUUCUAGUCGUAGCGUAUAAUAAGAAAACCAAUUGAAAUCAUUCCGAGUAAAAAAAAAUGUAAAAGAAAUAAUUUCACGUAUUUUUUGCCGAAUAUACAUAUAAGAUAAAAUAUUAUAAAAUAUAUAUAUAUAAGAUAAAAUAUAUAUAUAUAUAUGUAAACGCGAUGUGUGAUCUGUCAUGUCUAUCGGCAAACUCUACAUAUACAAACAGAAUUGUGCGUUGUAUUGCGAUAAUAUUUUACGUUUUAACUUAACACUAAAAUCGCAAUUAGCAUAAAGUAGGAAUGUCCCGUAAAAUGUCAUGACUUCGUAGAAUAAAAGAACUUCUUUUGUAGUAACGUCAUCUCUUCUUUUUUUUUGUAUCAAUUACUCUCGAGAAAAGUGACUGCGAGCUGCGUCCUCUGGUCUCGACAUUUUCCAAAGAAAAGCCAAACCGUAUUUGGCCCCCGGUUUUCCAACCGUCUCUGUGUGUAUGUAUAAUAAGGUGCGCUUUGGACGCUUACGCGCUUUAAGCGUCAGUCUUGUCUUUAUUGUUUAAAUAUUGUCUCGACCAAUGAACAAAAUAUAACAAAGUCGCCAUAUUGAUUUUCAGAGCUUAUCAUGCUUAUCACUCAGCUGUGCCAAAUGAUCAUUGGUCGAGACAAACUUGCGCAUGUAGCUCCGCAUGUGCGUGAAACGGAACGCAGCCUCUAUCUACCCCACUAUCCUCUAAACUGACAACAGUACUUAAAUAUUGCCGGUAUUGAAUGUUCAAACAUAAACACAAUGUGUUUACGUUUGUAAUCAAACAGAGGAAACGUUAGCUUUUGGUAAUUAUUGAUUUGGGUCCGAUACACCUGAGAAAAAGCUGUCGAAUCAAUCGCUUAAUUUGAAGUUGUCGCCGAACUUUUGUUUUCAUAGAGCUGAUACAGUGUUCCAUUAUAUACAAACUUGGUUUUGAACGUUUCAAGGUCUCGGAGAAUUUACACGUUUAUGUGAAAAUUGGAACUCUGAAUAACGUUGGAUUUGAUAUUCGAUCAGUUGCAACGUGCUUCUUGCUUGAGAUAAACCUCGUGAUUAUACAUACUCUAGCAAGAUGAAUGUCGAAGAGAAUAGAUUCAAGACACUUGGUAACUGGCCAACGGAUGAUGCGGCACGUUUUGCAAAAGUAGGAUUUUAUCAUACGGGAAAUGAUUGGGAGAUACAAUGUUUCUUUUGUGGCGCGAAAAUAUCUGACGCGACCAGCGGUGACAAACUUCCCGUUUGUCAUCAGUUGAGCUGUCUUCCCGCCGCCGAUCCAACUAGGAAGAAUAAUGGUUCAUUGGCACAAACUGCAAAUAAGAGUGUUCUAAAAUCGACAUCGCCGAGUUCACAACCAUCCGAUGCAUCUACAAACAAUACAGAGAUCUUACAAAGACCGCUUAAUCCUCACAAAGAAUAUAGAACAUUUCAGCAGAGACUGGAAUCUUUUGAAAAUUGGCCAGUACCUUCUAUCAUACGUCCAGAACACCUUGCUUUAGCAGGAUUUUACUAUCUUCAAUACAAAGAUAUGGUGGAAUGCGCAUUCUGUGGAGGUGUAUUAAUGAAUUGGAAACCAAAUCAAGAUCCAAAUAUGUCACAUAGAUCAUGUUUUCCAAAUUGUGAUUUUUACAAGAAUGAAGAACAAAAUGAGAGUAUCAUAAAUAUGGAAAAACACAUGACACCUGUUUAUCCAAAAUAUGCCGCGUAUCAAAAACGGUUACAAACGUUUCGGCACUGGCCAAAACAUCUCAAUCAAACUCCGGAAAUGUUAGCUACCGCUGGAUUCUUUUAUACUGGGUACAAAGACCAAGUCAGAUGUUUCCAUUGUGACGGAGGCAUACAAUUGUGGAACUCAACAGAUGAUGUGUGGGAGGAACACGCACUAUGGUUUCCAGAUUGUGGAUUUGUACAUCUUAUGCGUGGAUCAGAUUUUGUUAAAUCUUGUGCGGAUAAAAGAAAACCAAAUUCGAACCGCACGAGUUCGAUUGAAUUAUCAGUAGAUGAAACUGGAAUUUAUAUUGAGUCUCCUACAACUUCGCGAGUUACCAGUCCUGUGGUAAAAGAAACAGCAAACUUUGAACAGAAUGCAGAAAUGUCGAUUUCAUCUUCUUCGACAGCGGUACAAGAUAGAAAUCCGGUGACUGAUAAAACAUAUGCGAAAAAUGUCACAAGUAAUCGAGUUGUAUCUCUUACAACUUUAGCAUCCGAAAAAUUUAGCAAAUCGACACUAAAUGUAAUAUUUGAGAUGCUAUUAAAGAACAUAGAUCUGAUCUCAAGUAUGGCAGAAACGGAAAUUCGACUAUAUAUGGCACUUUUUACAAAAGUAAAGACAGCUUUAAAGAAACUACUGAUACUAAGUGGCGAAACAAAUGUAUUUAUUGACCAAUUAAUAGAAGAUGCUGUAUGUCGUGUUGUAGAUGCUAAAAUUAAAAAUGAAGGACCUAAUUUAUUAGCUUCGAAAUACCUUGGCUUAUUGAAACAACCAUGUACCAUAGACACAGUAGAAGGUAGUGACAUAGUUAAUAAAGAUAAAAAUGCAAAUGAGAUAAAUAUGCAAAAAUCAUCGAACGCAGUCGAAGAUAAACUUAAGGAGAAGAAAGAUAAUAAAUCAGAUGAUAUGUCUUCAUGGGAAAAGAACAGAAUGUCAGUAAAUAAUUUGUGCAAAGUUUGCUUCGAACACAAAUUAACUGUGGCAUUUUAUCCCUGCCAACAUAUACUAACGUGCGAAUAUUGCGGACCGGAUAUCACAACUUGUCCGCUAUGUAGAAACAACAUUACUGCUUACGUCCGUUACUAUCUAUAAUAAAUUGAUUUGUAAAAAUUACGGCGGAUACACUUAUGAAAAUAUAAGUAUAGAGAAAGAGAUCUGUCAGAAGGAAAUACAUAAAAAAAAAUUUUGAUUUUGAUCUCGUACUUAUCGC